AUGGGGAGCCGGGCCUGGGCCCGCAGCCCCCGCUCCCGCGCCCCCCCGCGGCUCCCCGCGCUCCUCCUGCUGCUGCCGCUGCUGCUGGACGCCCGGGCCCGUGGGGGCCACGCGCAGCCCCCAGGGCCUAACGCCACGGACCUCCCCGGGGCCUACACGACCCCCACGACCCCCGUGACCCCCGAGACCGAGGCGCCCAGGGCCUACACCACCUCCACGACCCCCGUGACCCCCGAGACCAAGGCGCCCAGGGCCUACACCACCUCCACGACCCCCGUGACCCCCGAGACCGAGGUGCCCAGGGCCUACACCACCUCCACGACCCCCGUGACCCCCGAGACCAAGGCGCCCAGGGCCUACACCACCCCCACGACCCCCGUGACCCCCGAGACCGAGGCGCCCGGCGGUGGGGGUCUCUCUCCUCCGCCCGAGGGGGCCCCCUCCCGCAUCAGCCCCGAGGCUCAAGUGCUCACCGAGGCCGGGCAGCCCUGCCGGUUCCCCUUCCGCUACGGCGGCCGCGUGCUCCACGCCUGCACCUCCGAGGGACGCGCCCGCCGGAAGUGGUGCGCCACGACUCACAACUACGACCGGGACCGGGCCUGGGGCUACUGUGCCGAGGCCGCCCUGCCCGCGGAGGCGCCAGCCAUCUUUGACCCCUGCGCCUCGAGGCCCUGCCUGCACGGGGGCACGUGCUCCGGCGUCGCGGGCAGCGCGUCCUACCGCUGCACCUGCCCCCCCGCCUUCGCGGGCCGGGUCUGCGCCUCAGAGCGAUGCUUCGACGGGGCCCUCCACGAGUUCCUGGAGGCGGGCGAGCGCUGGGUGCGAGUCCGUGGGGGCCGCGUGGAGCAGUGCCGCUGCCUGGACGGCCGGGCUCGCUGCGAGGACGCGCAGCGCGAAGGGUGCUCGAGCAACCCGUGCCUGCACGGAGGGACCUGCCACCGGCUCGCGGGCUCCGGGACCAGCGCGUGCGCCUGUCCACCGGGCCACGCCGGGCGCCUGUGCGACAUCGUGCCCGAGGAGCGCUGCUUCCAGGGCCUCGGCUCCCAGUACCGCGGCGUGGCGGCCACGGGCGCCUCGGGCCUGCGCUGCCUGGCCUGGAACUCCGACCUGCUCUACCAGGAGCUGCACGCGGACUCGGCGGGCGCCGCGCUGCUCGGCCUGGGCCCCCACGCCUACUGCCGGAACCCAGACAUGGAUGAGCGGCCCUGGUGCUACGUGGUGAAGGACGACGCGCUCUCCUGGGAGUACUGCAACCUGGAGGCCUGUGGGGGAUCCCUGAGCAGAGCCCAGCCCCCGCCCGCCCCGGCCCCGCGCGCGUCCUGCGGCCAGAGGCACAAGAAGAGGACGUUCCUGCGGCCCCGCAUCCUCGGCGGCUCCUCCGCCCUCCCCGGCUCCCACCCCUGGCUGGCCGCCGUCUACAUCGGAGACAGCUUCUGCGCCGGGAGCCUCGUCCACGCGUGCUGGGUGGUGUCUGCGGCCCACUGCUUCGCCAGCAGCCCCCCCAGGGAGCACGUGACAGUGGUGCUGGGCCAGCACUUCUUCAACCAAACAACGGACGUGACGCAGACGUUCGCGGUGGAGAAGUACGUGCUCUACGCGCUCUACUCCAAGUUCAACCCCAGCGACCACGACCUGGUCCUGAUCCGCCUGAAGAAGAAGGGGGGCCGCUGUGCCGUCCGCUCCCAGUUUGUGCAGCCCAUCUGCCUGCCCGAGGCCGGCGUCGCCUUUCCUCCCGGGCACAAGUGUCAGAUUGCGGGCUGGGGCCACGUGGGCGGCAACGCGAGCGGCUACGCGAGCGCCCUGCGCGAGGCGCUGGUCCCGCUGGUGGCCGACAGCAAGUGCAGCAGCCCCGAGGUGUACGGCGCGGACCUCAGCCCCAACAUGCUCUGCGCCGGCUACUUCGACUGCAGGGCGGACGCCUGCCAGGGGGACUCUGGGGGGCCCCUGGCCUGCGAGAAGAACGGCGUGGCCUACCUCUACGGCAUCAUCAGCUGGGGAGACGGCUGCGGGCAACAAGGCAAGCCGGGCGUCUACACCCGCGUGGCCAACUAUGUUGUGAUCAAUGACAGAAUCAGGCCUCCCCGACGGCCCGCGGCUCCCUCCUGA